AUGUUGUUUCGUGAGCUGGAUUCUGAUGGCAGUGGCGCGUUGGACGAAGGGGAGUUCAAAGAGGCUCUGAAGGAUCCGCGGUUCAAAAUCUGGAUGGCGGCCUUGGACCUGCAAUCCUCGGAUGCGGAAAACCUUUUCAAGCUGUUGGAUGACGGUGAUGGGCAAAUCUCUUAUCAAGAGUUCCUUGCUGGAGCGAAAAGACUAAAAGGCACGGCGCAAUCCAUAGAUCUGGUGACUCUGAUGCGGAGCAGUGGGCAAAUGCAAGUUGACAUCCAAGAGCUGCGAAGUACCGUGGACAGGAUGGCAGAGAAGCUAACGCUUAUCAGGCAUUGA